CAGGGGCGUCCACAUCCCCCGGCAGCGGAGCCGGAGCCGGAGCCCGAGCAGGAGCCGGGCGGGGGCAGCGUGGGCCGGGGCUGGGCCGGGCCGGGCCGGGCCGGGCCGGACCGAGCCAGGGGAGCCGGAGCCAUGGAGUUCCGGCAAGACGAGUUUCGGAAGCUGGCGGGCCGCGCCCUGGGCCGCCUGCACCGGCUUCUAGAGAAACGGCAGGAAGGCGCGGAGACUCUAGAGCUGAGCGCAGAUGGUCGGCCGGUGGCUUCUAGCGGGGCUACAGGGCGGCAGCGGCCCGUGCUGGACUGCACGUGCUGGGGGCUCCCCCGCCGCUACGUCAUCGCUGUCAUGAGCGGCCUAGGCUUCUGUAUUAGCUUCGGCAUCCGCUGCAACCUGGGCGUGGCCAUCGUGUCCAUGGUGAACAACAGUACGGUGCACAAGGGCGGCCACGUGACCGUGCAGAAAGCCCAGUUCAGCUGGGACCCUGAGACCGUGGGCCUCAUCCACGGUUCCUUCUUCUGGGGCUACAUCGUCACCCAGAUUCCCGGGGGCUUCAUCUGCCAGAAGUUUGCGGCCAACAGGGUCUUCGGCUUCGCCAUAGUGGCCACGUCUACCCUCAAUAUGCUGAUCCCCUCCGCUGCCCGUGUCCAUUACGGCUGCGUCAUCUUCGUGCGAAUCCUGCAGGGGCUUGUGGAGGGCGUCACGUACCCGGCCUGCCACGGGAUCUGGAGUAAGUGGGCCCCACCCCUGGAGCGCAGCCGCCUGGCGACCACCGCCUUUUGCGGCUCUUACGCUGGGGCGGUGGUCGCCAUGCCCCUCGCCGGAGUCCUCGUCCAGUAUUCGGGUUGGAGCUCCGUGUUCUAUGUCUAUGGAAGCUUCGGGAUCUUCUGGUACCUCUUCUGGCUCCUGGUGUCCUACGAAUCUCCAGCCCAGCACCCAAGCAUCUCAGAGGAGGAGCGCAAGUACAUUGAGGACGCGAUCGGCGAGAGCGCCCGCCUCAUGAACCCGCUCGCGAAAUUCAGCACACCGUGGCGUCGCUUCUUCACGUCCAUGCCAGUCUACGCCAUCAUCGUGGCCAACUUCUGCCGGAGCUGGACCUUCUACUUGCUGCUGAUCUCUCAGCCCGCCUAUUUUGAGGAGGUCUUCGGAUUUGAGAUCAGCAAGGUGGGACUAGUGUCCGCGCUCCCACACCUCGUCAUGACUAUAGUCGUCCCCAUCGGGGGCCAGAUCGCAGACUUCCUGAGAAGCCGCCACAUCAUGUCCACCACCAAUGUUCGAAAGAUGAUGAAUUGCGGGGGCUUCGGCAUGGAGGCUACGUUGCUCUUGGUCGUCGGCUACUCCCACUCCAAGGGUGUAGCUAUUUCCUUCUUGGUCUUGGCGGUGGGCUUCAGCGGCUUCGCCAUCUCAGGCUUCAACGUGAACCACUUGGACAUCGCCCCGCGCUAUGCCAGCAUCCUCAUGGGCAUCUCCAACGGCGUGGGCACCCUCAGCGGUAUGGUGUGUCCCAUCAUCGUGGGGGCCAUGACCAAGCACAAGACCCGGGAGGAGUGGCAGUACGUAUUCCUCAUCGCUUCCCUUGUGCACUAUGGGGGAGUCUUGUUCUAUGGCAUCUUCGCCUCUGGGGAGAAGCAGCCGUGGGCGGAGCCCGAGGAGCUGAGCGAGGAGAAGUCGGGCCUUGUCCAGCAUGAUCAGCUAGCAGGCAGUAGUGAUGAGAGCGACGGUCCAGACGAACCUGCCUUCUAUGCUGCUGCCUCUGGGGAGCCGGCUCCACCAGGAGCACCCCCUGGACCGGGCCCGGCGCUGGGUCCUGGGCCUCCGCCCUCCUACGGGGCCACCGGCAGAAGUCCUGCCCCGCCCGCCUGGCCCCCAACCCCAAGGGACUACUGACGCCCCAUCCCAACGCAGACUCCAUUCCCAGUGGUUUCAGGUCACCCAGUUACCCCCAAAUCCCACUUCGAUGUUUCUGCAGGGCUGCAGAUUGGCAGUUUCCAGGACCCCCAAAAGGCCUUCUGGGUCUCUAGGCACCCCCCUUCCCCUUUGCCUUAGUGGGUUUCUGAGCCUCCCACAGCCCCGGUAAUAAGAUUCCCUCUCAUAUCCUUUCCUUCUCAGUCCACUGAUGCUAACGGUCUUAACAGUUGGUUUCAAGGCUAGUCCUUCCCAGGGGACACUCGAAAGCCUCUCUCAGUUUCCCAGGUGUUUCAAGACCGUUUCCCCUAAACACUCCAGAGAGGACACUCCCGGCAUCCCAAUCUUCAGAGAGAUUUCAGCCCAAACUUGGAAUCAGGGGCCUUCCUUGUGAGUUUUCAAAAUCCCUCCUCCAGGAGAUUCAAGUUCCCCGCUUCCUCCUUGCCCAGUUGAAUGUUGCCAAUCACAGGAGAGGUUGGGCUGAAGCUCCGCCCAUUCCUCCUCCCCUCCCUCCCAAUCCGUUCCAGGGAUUGAUUCUCACCAGCGUUUCUGUCAGAGAGCAACGGUUUCAAGCUCCCUUCUAGCAACGCCCCACUUUCCCCAGCUAUUUCUAGGGCUCACUUCUGCUACAGCACUAACCAGAUGCCAGUUUUAAAGCCCCCCCUUUCAAUGGUCAGAGGAGAUUUUGAAACUACAACCCCCCCUCCCAGCUCCAGGCCCUCAUAGAAAAACUCUCAUGGCUUUAUCAGUUGUGGUUUCAAAGUUUCUCUACAAACAAAAACCAGAAUGGGGACUUCUCAGGCUUCUUAAUUGUGGUUUCUAGGUCCCCCGGAGCCACCUACAUGGUGGUUUUGAGUUAAGCCCCGAGUCUCCUCCCGGCCCUGCCCCACUAGCCAGCGCCUCUCCAACCGAGGGGGCCCUUGGCAGCCGCAUUCAGAGAUGGUCUGAGGCUCCCUUAGUCCUUGCACUUUAUUCCUCCCCUGCUCCAUCCUCCAUGCCCAGCGCCUUCGCCGUGGUCUCCCAAAAAUAUUUCCAAGGCCUAAGGCCUUCUGGGCAGGAGGGACCUACAGCCGGGGUCCCUUCCCUUUCUAGCCCAAGGCUGACUAUGGUCCCGGAGGACCCCAACUGGGGGGAGGGGGGAGGGGCCAGUUUGUGAGUGUGUGAGUGUGUGCCAGGUCUGGUCAGAAUAAAAUACUGUCGUGUCAAUGUAGA